AUGGCAAAGAAAGCAAAGUGGCAAAGAAAAAAAAACAAAACAGCAAAGAAAAGCAAAGCAGCAAAGAAAAGCAAAGCAGAAAGAAAAGUUAAAAAAAGCAAUAUGGCAAAGAAUAACAAAGUGGCAAAAAAGCAAAGCAGCAAAGAAAAGCAAAGUGGCAAAGAAAAGCAAAACAGCAAAAAAAA